AUGCUCCACACCAGUGGAAAAACCGCCUUGCUGCUGUCGCUUGCCGCUUGCGGCGCAGCAAAGGUCCAAUUGGCCGGCGUAAACAUCGCCGGCUUCGACUUCACCUGCACGACCGACGGCAGCUGCGACCUCAGCAAGCUCUACCCGCCCCUAACCCAGUACGGCGGGCCCGACGGCGCGGGGCAGAUGCAACAUCUCGCCAAGGACCUCGGCCUCAACGUCUUCCGCCUGCCCGUCGCGUGGCAGUACCUCGCCGACAACACGCUCGGCGUCGACUUCAACGCGGCGAACUUCGCCAAAUAUGACGCCCUGGUCCGCGCGUGCCUCGACACCGGUGCUAAGUGCAUCGUCGACCUACACAACUACGCGCGCUGGAACGGGAACAUCGUCGGCCAGUCGGGCGGUGCGGUGACGAAUGAGCAUUUGACGAACGCGUGGUGGCAGCUAGCGACAAAGUACAAGAACGAAGCCAACGUCAUCUUCGGCCUCAUGAACGAACCGCACCACCUCGACGUCCCCACCUGGGCCACCACCCUCCAAUGGGUCGUCAACACCAUCCGCAGCGCGGGCGCGACGACGCAAACCAUCCUGCUCGCGGGCACCGACUUCGCGGCCGCCGGCUCCUUCGCCAGCACGUCCGCGGCCGCCCUCGCCGCCAUCGCCGACCCCGAUGGCUCCACCGACAAGCUGGUCUUCGACGUGCACCAGUACCUCGACGCGAGCUACUCGGGCACCACGACUGAGUGCGUUCGCGACGGGGUGGACGACGGGCUGGCGCCGCUGGCGGAGUGGUUGAGGGCGAGGGGGAGGAGGGCGUGA